AUGUCUACUCUUGGCUAUAUUGGAGCAGGCGUCUGCAUGCUCGGAGUUCUCUCCGCACUUUGCUCUAUUGGACAUAUUGUCCAGGACAUCAACAACCUUCGUUCGGAAGUUGAAGGUCGUGUUGAUGAAUUCAAAGUGCUCGCUGAUGACACCUGGGACCGUCUCCUAAUCCUUCAAUCCCCAACCGGAGAAUCCGCCAAUCCAGUGCCAUCCCUUCUCCGUAACAAGAGAUUCGUCUACCCAGGAAUGUGCAAUUGCGACAGCAACUCUCAAGGAUGCCCAGCCGGACCACCAGGACCACCAGGAGCUCCAGGAAAGCGUGGAGACGAAGGACAUCCAGGAGAUGAAGGAAGAAAGGGAGCCAGCGGAAUCUCGCUUGCCACCACCCACGAUAUUCCAGGAGGAUGCAUCAAGUGCCCAGAGGGACCAGCUGGACCACCAGGAUCUGACGGAGAAGUCGGACCACAAGGUUUCCCAGGACUUCAAGGAUCCGCUGGACCAUCCGGAGAAGACGGAGCUCCAGGACAAGAGGGAGCUCCAGGAGAUGAGGGAGAGCAAGGACCAAAGGGAUACGACGGAACCGACGGACCAGACGGAAUGCCAGGAACCACCUACUUCCCAGGAGCCGCUGGACAGCCAGGAGAGCCAGGAUGGCUUGGAGAGACUGGACUUCCAGGACAACACGGAGAGCCAGGAAAGGACGGAGAGGAGGGACCACAAGGAGCACCAGGAACGCCAGGAAAUCCAGGACACGACGCCUUCCCAGGAACACCAGGACAAGCCGGAAAGCCAGGAGCACCAGGAAAGGAUGCCAACUACUGUCCAUGCCCACAAAGACAGGACGACAGAACUCCACCAACCUCCGGAACUCCACAACCACCACCACGUGGAUCCACCUCGCCACCAGCUACUCGUGCUCCACCAGCCACCCGUGCUCCACCAGCCACCACUCGCGCUCCACCAGCAACCACUCGUGCUCCACCAGCACCACAACCACCGGUCACCGAGAAGCCAGGAAGCUCAGACAGCGGAUACCCAUCACCAUCGGAGCCAGAGCCAGCUCAUCCAUCUCCAAGCUAUCCAUCUCCAAGCUAUCCAUCCCCAAGCUACCCAUCUCCAAGCUAUCCAUCUCCAAGCUACCCAGCUGAGCCAGCAUACUCCGUUCCACCACCAACGAAGCCAGAGGUUCCAUCUGGAGGAGGAUAUGAUGCUCCAUCCCCACCACAAACUGGAAGCUACCAGAGACGUUGGUAG